AUGCCUACCAAAAUAACACUAACAUCAACACCAGUUGUCGACACAAUUCCAAAUACCUCAGGUGAUGAAGAUGCUUUCAACUUCCUUGUUGUUACAGCAAAGAAUAUUUCCGGGGACGUCGAUUUGAUCUCGCAGAUUUCAUCCGCCGUCACUCCUGGAAUCACAACAAUUGUUCUCAUACAGAACGGACUCAACAUCGAACGGCCAUAUCUCGAUAGGUUUCCGAAUAAUGUAAUCCUGUCGGGCAUCAGCAUGAUUGGAUCAGAGGAAACCAAGCCUGGCUUCAUCAACCAUACAUUCAGUGAUCACCUCACAAUUGGAUCUUUCCCCAACCCCAAUCUUGACCCUAUUGUAGAAGUCGAAGAGGCACAGAAAUUCGUGAGUAUCUACUCAGCUGGAGGGAAAACUCGUUGCGUAUAUGAUAAGCAUCUUCUUUGGAAUCGAUGGAAGAAACUUGUCUACAACUCGACCAUGAAUCCUAUAUGUGCUAUCACAGGAUUGAAUGCUGGAAAAAUCAAAUUGGCGGGUCCUUCAAUCUCUGCGCUGGUACAUGAUGCUAUGCGCGAGAUUGAGGCUGCAGCAAAGGCGUCAGGCUAUGAGCUUCCUGAGGACAUUGUUGAGUUCAUGUCAAAUAUUGACAGUCCUGAAGAUCAGUUCGCGCCAAGCAUGCUUCAGGAUGUUAGAAAGGUACUUCACUGA